CUCAUUUUUUUUCAUUUUGCUUCGUUUUCUUUUCAUUUCAUUCUCUUUAUCGGAGAUAUCUGAGGAAGGAGAGCACCUAAGGGAGAUUCGAGAGGUUUCUUAGGUUCUGGUUGGGGUUUUUUUCUCAAGCAUAUGGGAUUUUGUGCGAGUUGUGGCGGUGUGAGUUGGUCCCUAGGUUUCGAAAGCUUAAUCUUGGUAGAAGCAUGAUAUUAUGUAGGAUUUGGCGACUUUUGAUUGGAAGGAUUCUUCUUUGGCUACGAAAAUUUCAAUUUAUGGAGUUCUAUUCUCGUGAUCAUAUGAAUACUUACAAGAAGGGGAAGCUUAAUUGGUCUUACUGGAAUUUGUUGAACCUGUGCGUAAAGAUCAUUGUCUUGCAUUCAAAUAAUGAAAUUUAUGGAUCGGUCGUGGCGAAUAUUUCCUAAAACCGAGUUGAAUCAGGGCCGCAUCUCGAGGAGUAGCGUGGACCAGAGUGUCAGGCUGCUGGUUCUGAAAGUUCUUAGGCAGCGAUGCUCCGCGUCGCUUCAGGCUUCCUAAGGCGGCGAGCAAUUGAAGGGCUCGCCGGAACCCUAACCCUAGCCCCACCCUCUCUCCUCCUCUGCGAUGGCGGUGGCGGUCCCGGAGGAGCUGAUGUCCUCUGCCGCCACUCCUCCUCUUCCGCCUCCUCGCUGGCUUCGAGCCCUAGCCUGUCGAUCUGGCGGCGGAAAAAGGAGAUGGGGAAGGAAGGCCUCUUCGUGGUCCAGCAGCUCAAGCGCCUAGCUUCCAUCGGUGGGCCGAGGCUUGAGCAAUUCAUGCGCUCGCACGUCUCUCGCCUCCUAAGAACCGAUCUUCUCGCCGUUCUCGCCGAGUUCCAGCGGCAAGAUCAUGUCUUUCUCUCCAUGAAGAUAUAUGGUUUUGUGCGGAAAGAAAUUUGGUAUCGGCCAGAUAUGUAUUUUUACAGAGACAUGCUUACGAUGCUUGCAAGGAAUAAGAAGGUGGAAGAGGCAAAGCAGGUUUGGGCAGAUUUGAAGAGCGAGGAUGUCCACAUUGAUCAGCAUACUUACGGUGACAUUGUUAGGGCAUUCAGUGAUGGUGGCUUGCCUGCGCUAGCCAUGGAAAUCUAUGAUGAUAUGAGGGGCUCACCUGAUCUACCACUCUCUCUGCCCUUUCGGGUUAUGUUGAAAGGUCUAAUACCAUAUCCGGAACUGAGGGAAAAAGUAAAGCAGGACUUCUUGGAACUGUUCCCUGACAUGAUUGUGUAUGAUCCACCAGAAGAUGUGUUUGACGAGCAGCAAUAAAUGUUAUCCUGUAAUCAAAUUGAAACAAGUUCGUAUUCACAUGUAGCAGUGACACAAGUUGUCUGAAAUCAUCUCAUGCAGAGAAGAAAAUUGAAUCAGGGGAGGUGAUAUAAAUUUGGUAGAUGGAGUCUUAUGGAGUACAUUUUGAGGGACAAUUUGAAAGAGAAUCACGAGUCUUUUCCAUCAAGAUGCUAAAAGAUGACCAUCAAGAUGGAGAAUCAAGACAGUACAUUUUGGGUGCAUAAAUUAUUACAACUGUUUGUGUUUUCGUGAUAAAUCUGUGUAGUAGAAGGACUAAAUCUUAUAUAUGCAAUCUUGUCACCUGUGUGUGUAUCCUGUUAAAAUUUACUUUUUGAGGAGAUGUUUUGUAUUUGAUAAAAUUUGGGAAUAUAAAAGGGAGAGGAGAAAAAGAAACAUCCGGCAAGUAUUUGUGAAUAA